AUGUUUCAAAGACGUUAUGUGCCGCCCGCGGUCGUCGCCAAGAAGCAGCCUUCACCUCCCGCGCCCGUUGUCGCAAAGGCCUCCAGCCCUGUAAUUGCUACGAAUGAGGAAGUCGCUGCCUCAAGCCCCGAGCCCGUAGAAACCAGCCCGAUAGCAGAGGCGAAAAAGACCAUCAAGAAGCCCAAAAAGAGAAAACGCGAAGCCGAGGCCGCCAAAGAGGAGGAUGAUGAGAUUUCGAAGAAGCACAAGAAUGUCUUCUCCAAAUUCGAAAAGGCUGCGAAGCUAGCUGAAGCCAAGAGUCAAAAUACUGAGGAGGAACCUGCGAAAGUGCCGCAAGAGGAAGGAGAGCUUCAUGACCUCGAGCCUAUGCCGCAACCCGCACCGAUUCCCGAGCCCGUCUACGAACCCACCUUCUCCACCCUUCCCACCUGGCUCGCGCAGCCUACUACCGUCGAAGCCUCGAAAACAGUCCCCUUCGCCGAAUUGGGCGUAGAUCCCCAGUAUGUCAAGAAGCUGGAAAAACAAGGCUUCAAGGACGCUUUGGCUGUACAGACAGCAUUGCUACCUCUGCUACAUCCUGGCUAUGACCAACACUUGGGCGAUAUAUGUGUGUCGGCAAAGACUGGCUCUGGAAAGACGCUGGCCUAUCUACUCCCUAUUAUCGAAGCGCUCAAAGACCGCACCGUACCUGUCCUUUCCGCCAUCGUCGUAGUACCAAGCCGGCAGCUCGUCAACCAAGCCCUACAAGUCGCCGAGGACCUGUGCGCUGGAACAAAGAUCAAAGUUGGAACGGCUUUGGGCAAUGUCGCGUUUGCGACGGAGCAGAAGCAGCUCGUCAAGAUGCGACCACAAUACGACCCAAGGAGAGCACAGGAGCUGCAGGAGAAGGCUUCUCGACAAUACCAGACGGGCUUCAUGGAGCGAGGAGGGUUGUACGACGACUUGAGAGCCAUGCCUCUCGAUCACGUUCCGCAAUAUGAUUCGGGCGUGGACAUACUCAUCUGCACUCCGGGUCGAUUGGUCGAGCACAUCGAACACACAACAGGAUUUCUGCUGAACAGCGUGCGCUGGCUCGUCAUUGACGAGGCUGACCAGCUUUUAAAUCAGAACUUCCAGGGCUGGGCAACUGUGCUCAUGGACGCCCUCCACGGUGAGACUCCGGUCGACUUCAUGAACGCCCAAGAGCGGAUACGAAAGCGCGAGCGCGACGCCAACUCCAUCUGGUCCAUGGCAUUGCCCGCCCGAAGGCAACUCACCAAAGUUGUGCUCUCGGCGACAAUGGAAAAGGACCUUACGAAGCUAGGCACUCUCAAGCUGAAGCGACCGAAGUUGGUAGUCGUACAAGACGAGACUAUGGAACUGCAGGCAAUGGAGACUGAAGAGAACGUGUUCGAGCUGCCGUCUACGCUAGAGGAGUUCGCUGUACAUGUUGGCGAUGGUUCAAACAAACCAUUGCACCUGCUAUACGUACUACUCAACUAUGUCUACCCGGGCACACUGGAGUUGUCGAAGCCAUCUUCAGACUCUUCAGACUCUUCAGACUCCGAUUCAUCCUCAGACAGCGACUCCGAGUCUGAUUCAGAAAGCCGCGCAAUCAUAUCCCAACAAACCGGCCGCGUCCUCAUCUUCACCAAAAGCACAGAAAGCGCAUCCCGCCUAUCCCAUCUCCUCAGCGCCCUCAUGCCCCUCUUCGCCACCCACAUCAAAACCAUGACCCGCGCCCUAACCGCAGACGCCUCCCGCAAACUCCUCAAAUCCUUCAGCUCCGGCGCCACCAAAAUCCUCAUCGCCUCCGACGCCGCAUCCCGCGGUUUGGACAUCCCCGAUAUUACUCACGUGAUCAACUACGAUCUUCCUACCAGCAUUACGAGCUAUGUUCACCGCGUGGGCCGGACGGCGCGUGCGGGUAAGCCUGGUGAGGCGUGGACGAUGUUUACGAAGACGGAGGCGGCGUGGUUUUUGAAGCAGGUGGCUAAGGGGGAUGGGAUUAAGAGGGGGGGUAAGAAGGUUAAGAGGAUGGAGUGGAAGGAGAGUGCUGUUACGGCGGAUGGGAAGAAGAAGGCGUAUCGUGCGGCGCUCAAGAACCUUGAGAGUGCUGUUACGGGCAACGCCGACGCAGAAUAG